AUCGAGUAUCUACUGUACCCGUCUUAUCAGCUGAUCUUUGAAAACAUUUGUUUUGGCGCGCGGGCGCGUUUGUUUCGAUUUUUGAUGAAUUUCUUCACAGGUCAGUUUUUGUCAUGUUCUGGUUUUGCUAAAAAAGUAUUUGGUUUUUCGCAAAAAUGUCGUCUCGAAACUAUGUUCCAAUGCAACAGAAGUAUAGUCGCGUAAUUAUGUUGGUGGACAUGGACUGUUUCUUUUGUCAAGUCGAAGAAAAACUUGAUCCCCAAUUGAAGGGACAACCGCUAGCAGUGGUGCAGUACAAUGCAUGGCGAGGUGGCGGAAUUAUUGCUGUCAACUAUGUAGCGCGUGCGAAAGGUGUAACACGCCACAUGCGCGGCGAUGAAGCAAAGGAGCGUUGCCCUGAAAUACAAUUGGUAAAAGUGCCGAACAUACGCGAAAAAGCCGAUUUGGGCAAGUACCGUGACGCAGGCAAAGAAGUGGCAAAUGUGCUGCAGCGCUUCACGCCAUUACUGGAACGCGCCUCUGUUGAUGAGGCGUAUUUGGAUAUAACGGAAUCGGUUAACAAGCGAUUGGGAGGCAUGAGUGCAGGUUCAUCCAUGCUUCAGCCAGAAGGACUUGUAAAUACAUACGCCGUUGGAUAUGCAGGCAUAGGCGAUUAUGUAAACGUAAUUACAAGACGUUUUAAUAAUUCCAAUAUAGAGGAUGCCGAUUUAGAAACCGAAGCGGGCGCAUUUGCGGAAGCUCAUGAUGCUGGCGAUAUGGCCGCACGUCAAAGCGAUAUACGUUUGCUUAUUGGCGCUGCUAUUGCAGGAGAAGUGCGCGCCGCAGUCAAGGCCGAGACGGGCUAUGACUGCUCCGCCGGUAUAGCACACAAUAAAAUACUCGCAAAACUAGCUUGUGGCAUGAAUAAACCAAACAAGCAGACAAUUUUGCCAUUGGCACAGAUACCCACGUUAUUUGAAACUCUGCCGGUUGGCAAAAUACGUGGACUGGGUGGCAAAUUUGGUGAAGAAAUUUGUGCGGCAUUACAAAUACGUUUUCUAGGCGAGCUGUUGCCGUACUCAGAGCAGGAGUUGCAAAGGAAAUUCGAUGAGAAGAGCGGCACCUGGCUUUAUUAUAUAUGCCGCGGCGUUGACUUGGAAGCGGUUACGCCACGGUUCUAUUCGAAAAGCAUUGGCUGUUGCAAAAAAUUUCCGGGACGUAACAACAUUACCGGUUUAAAUACACUGCGGCAUUGGUUAGGUGAGCUAGCCAACGAGGUGUGUGAUCGCAUGGAAAAGGAUAUGCUCGAAAAUAAUCGUCGAGCUAAACAAAUGGUUGUUAGUUUCAUACAAGAAUUUGAUGGAGAAGAGGUAUCUAGUUCACGUUCAGCGCCACUUAAUGGUUAUGAUCAAGAAACUUUAACGAAAGGCAGUUUAGAUGUGAUACAAUCGCACACUAAACAAUUUUUUAAACCUGGCAGCUCAUUGGUAUUGAAUAACCCUAUAAAAUUUUUGGGUAUUAGUGUAGGAAAAUUCGAAACAAUACAAAGUGGACAAGGAAAAUUGCAGGAAAUGUUUGCCAAUCUGGCAGCUAAGAAGAAAAACGAAAUAACUAAUACGGUAACUCAGCCAGUAUGUAUAGACAACGCUAGUACAAAUAAGAACACUGAGAUCGCAGAACCUUUUGUUGCAAAGAAACCAACAUUCAUGCAACAUUUCUUAGGACGUGCGUCGGAUCAUGAAGAUAAGCCAAGUGGCUCAAGUAAUGUUGGGACAAAUUCAAGAGAUUGGGAAAAAUCAUCGUCGCUCGAAAGUAUUACAAAUGAAACAAUGGAGAGUGCGCAGCCACCGGAAAAACGAAGCUUCUUUCUCAAUGCGCUAAGAAAACCAAGAAACAACGAAAUCGAAAGCCAGGGCUCCACAGUUGGCGGUAGUGACAUCACUUCGAAGUAUGAGGCUAAAAGUGGCGACAUAUCAAAUAGUUUUUUUGCAAAAAUUUUGAAUAAUACAAAAGAUGAAACCAAUAAUUUGACUAAAACAGCAAAUGCAAGCAACGUGCAGUUGUCUUCAACGGAGUCCUGUAAGACGACGGCAUUUGAAAGCAAAGGGAACGAUUUUGAACUGCAACAGAAAAUGACUUUUAUAGUAGGUGACACAAAAGAAUCUACUUCUAAAUUAAACAAAAAUAAUGAUACAAAAAGCACUAAGCGAAAAUACACAGCUUCGCAAGAUAACUCCUCCCCAACUCAUGUUCCCCAACCCAACGAGAUUGCAGCAACUUCGAAGCACACUCCUCCACAAUCUUAUGAGGAAAGUUAUGUCGAAUUUGCGAUACCUGAAUUGCGUGCCGAACUUUUGAAGAUGACAAAAUGUGAAAUUUGCAAGGCUAAUGUACCAUCAGACAUCCGUUCAAUACAAUUGCAUCAAGACCAUCAUGUGGCCAUGCAACUCAGUCAGCAAUUGCGUGAUGAAUAUCGUACGGAAGUUAAAGCUCAAUUGAACAAGCCUUUAGCUACUAGUAGUGCUGCACCGAAUAAAAAAGCAAAAAAGUCGUUAGUACUAGCAACAAAAGUCACUUGCACUAAAGAAGGAGGAAAAUGUGCUACAAGUAGCGCAAGCAUAAUGAAGUAUCUUAAGCCCUCAGCUCAAGGUGCAACCACAUCUACGAAUGUACCAGUGUGUGUGGCAGAAUCUGAGCAAUUCACCGAGGUAAUCAACACAUUAGAUGAUACUGUGGAUACGGUGAUUUGUGGGGAAUGUAAAGUGCCCGUUGUCACCACUGAGCUCCAAGAGCAUAAAGAUUUUCACAUCGCGAAAUCGCUGCAGCGUCAACUCAAUAUGCUGGAGGUGCGCACUGUUCCGAUUGUCAAAAAGGCGAGUGGCGGUUGCAAUAGCACACUCAAUACAACUCAGUCGAGCAUUAAAAAUAUCAAACCAAUUACAAAAUUCUUUUCACAAUCAAAUUGUUAAAUACUAAAUAGUUAGACGUAAGCAGUGCUGAAGAGUGAAAAAUAUAAAAUAUAUGUAUCUUCAAUCAACUUUGCUGUUAAUAUUCUAAGCACCGGAGGUGAGUUUAGUUUUUAAUUACAAUUAUAAUUAUAUUUCUACUAUUCAACAUUUGCUGAUAAGAAUUG